GCCUGCCGAGACAGAGAGAGAGAGAGAGCGCGUGAGUGAGAGAGCAAGCCACCUACUCCACAGCGCGCGGGGCUCGUGCAGCAUCUCAGAGAUGUGAAGCGGCGGGAAGCAGCAUGGCGGGAGGACGGCGGGGUCUCGUGGCCCCUCAGAACACGUUCCUGGAGAACAUCGUCCGCCGGUCCAACGAUACAAACUUCGUGCUGGGGAACGCUCAGAUCGUGGACUGGCCGAUCGUCUACAGCAACGACGGCUUCUGCAAACUGUCCGGGUACCAUCGGGCCGAGGUGAUGCAGAAGAGCAGCACCUGCAGCUUCAUGUACGGAGAGCUGACGGACAAGGACAUGGCGGAGAAGGUGCGGCAGACUUUUGAGAGCUACGAGAUGAACUCUUUUGAGAUCCUGAUGUACAAGAAGAACCGGAUGCCUGUCUGGUUCUUUGUGAAGAUUGCUCCCAUCAGGAACGAGCAGGAUAAAGUGGUCCUGUUCCUCUGCACCUUCAGUGACAUCACCGCCUUCAAACAGCCAAUCGAGGACGACUCUUCAAAAGGUUGGGGUAAAUUUGCCCGUCUGACGCGUGCGUUGACCAGCAGUCGAGGAGUUCUUCAGCAGCUCGCUCCAGCUGUGCAGAAAGGAGAGAACGUGCACAAACACUCGAGGCUGGCAGAGGUUCUCCAGCUGGGCUCAGACAUCCUGCCUCAGUACAAGCAGGAAACCCCGAAGACGCCGCCGCACAUCAUCCUGCACUACUGCCUCUUCAAGACCACCUGGGACUGGGUCAUCCUCAUCCUCACCUUCUACACCGCCAUCAUGGUGCCCUACAACGUGUCCUUCAAGACCAAGCAGAACAACGUCACCUGGCUGGUGGUGGACAGCAUCGUGGACGUCAUCUUCCUCGUUGACAUCGUCCUCAACUUCCACACAACGUUCGUCGGCCCGGCCGGGGAGGUGAUCUCCGACCCGAAGCUCAUACGCAUGAACUACGUGAAGACGUGGUUCGUUAUCGACCUGCUGUCCUGCCUGCCUUAUGAUGUCAUCAACGCCUUCGAGAACGUGGACGAGGGCAUCAGCAGUCUGUUCAGCUCUCUGAAAGUCGUCCGCCUGCUGCGUUUGGGUCGGGUUGCCCGGAAGCUGGACCACUACAUCGAGUACGGAGCGGCCGUACUGGUGCUACUGGUGUGCGUUUUCGGGCUGGCGGCCCAUUGGCUGGCCUGCAUCUGGUACAGCAUCGGAGACUACGAGGUGAUCGACGAGGACACCAACAGCGUGAGGAUGGACAGCUGGCUGUUCCUGCUGGGGGAGACGGUCGGGACGCCGUACAGGUUCAACGCCUCGGGCUCGGGCCGCUGGGAGGGCGGGCCCAGCAAGGACUCGGUGUACAUCACCUCGCUGUACUUCACCAUGACCAGCCUGACCAGCAUCGGCUUCGGGAACAUCGCGCCCAACACAGACGGAGAGAAGAUCUUCGCCGUGGCCAUGAUGAUGAUCGGAUCGCUGCUCUACGCCACCAUCUUCGGUAACGUCACCACCAUCUUCCAGCAGAUGUACGCCAACACCAACCGCUACCACGAGAUGCUGAACAGCGUGCGGGACUUCCUGAAACUCUACCAGGUCCCUAAAGGCCUCAGCGAGAGGGUGAUGGACUACAUCGUGUCCACAUGGUCCAUGAGCAGAGGCAUCGACACGGACAAGGUGCUGCAGAUUUGUCCGAAAGACAUGCGGGCGGACAUCUGCGUCCACCUGAACAGGAAGGUGUUUAAGGAGCACCCAGCGUUCCGGCUGGCGAGCGACGGCUGCCUGCGGGCGCUCGCCAUGGAGUUCCAGACGGUGCACAGCGCGCCGGGUGACCUCAUCUUCCACGCCGGGGAGAGCGUGGACAGCCUCUGCUUCGUGGUGUCGGGGUCGCUGGAGGUCAUCCAGGACGACGAGGUGGUGGCCAUUUUGGGUAAAGGCGACGUGUUUGGUGACGUGUUCUGGAAGGAGAUGACGCUGGCGCAGUCGUGCGCUAACGUGCGAGCGCUGACCUACUGCGACCUGCACAUCAUCAAGAGAGACGCGCUGCAGAAAGUCCUCGAGUUCUACGCCGCCUUCGCCAACCACUUUUCCAGGAACCUGGUGCUCACCUACAACCUGAGGAAGAGGAUCGUCUUUCGGAAGAUCAGUGAUGUGAAACGUGAGGAGGAGGAGAUGUUGAAGAGGAAGAAUGAGGCUCCUCUGAACCUCCCUCCAGAUCAUCCGGUCCGACGCCUCUUCCAGCGUUUCCGGCAGCAGAGGGAGGCGCGGCUCGCCAUGGAGCAGGUCGAUCCGGUAGUCGGUGAUGUAGAGAAAGGCGUCGUUCCCCUGGCAAAGCCUAGAGGUCCGGUGGUCCUGGCCUCCACCAGCAUAGUCAUGUUGACGGAGAGCCCAGCAACACCCACCACCUCCUCAACGUCCCUCGCUUCCUCCUCAUCCAGGACCUCCAGCCGAGUUAUGCUCCACGCUCCCGCCUCCCAGAACGGAAACAUUAUUGGCUGCAAAUCUGCAGAGCCGGCCAAAGCUAAAGGCUGGGGACGAUUCAAAGAGUCGGUCGUGAAAGCCGAGUCGUGGGGCAGCGUCUCUAAAGCCGAGUCCAUGGAGACGCUGCCCGAUAGGACUAAGUCUCAGGACGAGUUGUCCCUCAAGAAAACAGACUCCUGUGACAGCGGCAUCACAAAGAGCGACCUCCGAUUGGACAAUGCGGGAGAUGCCAGAACGCCUCAGGAGCAAAGUCCGGUCCAGUCUGACGAAAAAAGGGUCUUCUGUCCGAUACCGGAGCAGAGCAUUCAAUCCCCUUUCCUGGAGCUGAAGCAGGAGUUAAGAGGCGACAUCAGAUCCUUGAACAGUCGCAUGGCAGUGCUGGAGACUCAGCUGGCCGAGAUGUUGCGACUCCUCAAGUCCAGGAAGUCGUCUGGUUCCUUCUUUGAGAUCUCGCGGCCUCCUUCCCCUGACUCCGAUAAGGAUAGCUAUUCCUAAACUGGACUAGAGUCCAGGACUAGUUCUGCUGGAAUCGAACUCUGCCCCUUAGCUUCCAGACUUCGGAGUGUGAGGCCUUGCUGAUGGUGGUCAACAAUGCUAUCACACAAAAGCACUUUAUGCGUUCAUAGCAUUACUCUGCGAGAUGUCAAACUGGAAUGACAAUUGCUGAUUUAACUUUGAUCAAAGACUAAAGGAAGAUUAAUGAAGGCACCUUUUGUGCUCAGGAGGAUUGAGACCUUCAUAUGAUUAUGGCAAUAAUAAGAGAUGGCUUUAUGGUUGUUGUUUUGAACAGGACUUUGGCACUGUGAUGAUGGAAACCGUGUUUUUAAUGGUUCAUUUGGUGGCUUUGAAACCGUCUCAUGAGGUCUGGUCCACAAAGUCACUUAAGCUGUUUAGCAUUUAAAGAAGGUUUACACACUUCACAAUGAUAGGGGUGCAUUCAAAGACAAUCAAUGAGACAUAUCUCAGUGAUUAAAGUAGGACAUAUGGAUCCAAAACCUGCAAAACUGACAAAAAGAAGAUGUUCACGAUGUCACUACUUCCUUGUAUCGUAGAUUGGUCUUUUUAAUAGACCUCUUUGACCGCUGCAUGACAUCAUAUCAAAGCAAUGCUCUGUGAUUGGUGUUUCAGAGCGUCAAUAAAAUAAAAAAACGACGUUCAGUGUAAUCAGGAAUUUGCUGAACUUGUUAAAAGACAUUGUGGAUCAGACAAUGUUUUGGUUUGGUGGGACUUAUUACAGUUAAAGGGGCAGACUGUCCCCAUCUUCAUGCAGACUAAACACUGUGUGAACAGAUUUCAGUAAGAAGUCUGUGAUGUUUGGGACGGGGAGGGUUUUUAUAUCUAGUAUGAAUGUGAAAGAUUUGAUGCAGCACAGUGACAAUGAGACCCUAAAUGUGUCUAAUGUUUCAAUCCUGCACAGAAAUGGACAUUACUCAUAAGGUUCUUUUUGGUUUUUGAUUAGGAACUCAUUGUGAUUUCAUGUUGAUUUACCACUUAAAGCCCAAUCAGAAGUGUCAUUUAUUUUAAAACCUCCUUUACUGGAAGAUUAUAAUUAAAUAAGAGAUUCAGCCUGUAAGUCAACACACUGGAGUUAAUAAUACGACUAAUUAAUAAUGAUAAUAAUUAUUAUGAUCAGUUUCUAAAUUGACAGAGUAUCCUCAACAGGUUUCACGGCGAAUAAUAAAACUGAAGUCCUGAUUUACGUCACAUCGUCCUAUCGUUCUAUGAAUCCGUGGUUAAAAGCUUCACUUGAGUACCACAACACCUGCAUGUAUAAGCUUUUUCUGUAGUUGUCUCUCACAGGAUGAAAAGUAUUUGGGUCUCCCGCUCGUCUUCGCCUGGAGACAGAAAUUGAAAGAUUUGAAAAGGAUCAAGCUGAGGUAGCGACUAUCAAUUCCUGAGUACAAUAGGCCGAGAGACCUGUCAAUCAAGAUAGACAUAUUUAAAUCUUUAUAUUUCCUUUAAGGCCAAUUAGUUAUGAAACAAGAAAAGUGAAGUUAUCUCGUAGAACGUAUUUGAUGAGAAAGUUUGAGGGUUUCCAAUUUACUUAAAUAGAACUGGGUUUUUCUUGUUGCUGCCUCUACUGGACGUUAGAGGAACUGCAGCCGCUUAGUCGCAAAGCCCUGUGUAGCGUACAUUUUCUUCAUGUUCCUGCAGUUUCUCAGCAAGUUUCUUAGUGGACUAACUUAUGAUCCCAUCCAAAAUCAAACGUAAACAUUGAAGUUUGUGUUAGUUUGAAGAUUAUCAGGUUUUUGGAGUCAAAUUCGGUUCACUCCCUUACAGUAACUAUUCUUGAAUCAGAAUCGGAAUACCGUUAUUCGUCCCACAGAGGGGAAAUUAACAACACGAUUACGACAUGAUUCGAUUGCAAAUGUAAGCCAAUCAUUUAGAUAAUAUAGAACUAAUCCUGUUUCUUGGUAUAAAAUAUUCUGCAACUUUAAGUGGAGUAUCGUCUGCAUACAGGUUGAUAGACUAGAAGUUACCUUACCUCCAGAUACUGAAUCCAAUGCUUUUUUCCUACGUGGAGGAAAUGUAACCUGUCAUUAUGUCGCCCCCUGAGCAGAAAGAAGAUGUUUCGUUAUGUCUUUGGUAUCUCGUAUUUCCUGUGUAGGUGUAAUUAUAAUAUAGCGUCAUAAUAUGCAAUUAUUGCCUAUGUAUGCUGUUUGUACUGAGAGACUGUUUGUGGUACUUUGUGUAUCUCACGUUGUCCCACGAGCACCGCCGGUAUCGGCACUGAUGCACUUUUCUGCAUGACGCUGUUGUCUAAAACUUUUAUUUUGUUUAAAUAAGACAAAAAACCAAGAUGUCUUUGCCUUGGUACUUCAGUAUCUCUGAGGACUUUUGUUCUCACUUAACAUAGAUACUGCUGUCGGUCACUUGUAUGUUACGGCCACAGUCUGUGCAUGAAAAGCGCUUUAAUGUAAAAACGGUAUGUCUUUAUCAGUGUCACUUACUGUAUGCACUGUGCUGAAAACUCACAAUGUGAAGGGAAACGCUUGAUGGAAAACUUGUAGUAACCACAGGUAUAUAUUCUUAUUUCUGUUCGUCACUGUCAGGAUGAAAAAUGUAUCAGCACAAAGAGUAUUUCUAAGAAAAUCACAUCAAAUGUUAACAAUAAAUUAUUUCAUACUUUGUA